AUGGCUUCCUGCAAGUUGGUCUGCGCGAGCGGCUCCAAUCCGGCGGGUCUGCUGCCCGCCACGCUGAUUGCUACUUCCGUCAACGAGGCACGUCCCAGUCCGGUGGUUGAGAUCAUCUAUGAGAAUGCUACUGCCCUCACCGGCGGUGAUCUGAUCCAAUUCACCAAUGCCGAUGGGAAGACGGUACAUGGUAUUGAUCCUGUCAUUGCAGAGCUUCGUGCCCAGUUCCCGUUCCUCAAAAGCAAAUACGAGGCCCAAGAGGACCAAUGGCUGUCUCGGUUGAAAGAAUACAUUCCUCUAGACUUCAAAGCUCUCGAAGCUCCGCUGCAGGCUCUGAACUCCUACCUGACUCUACGCUCUUUCCUCGUUGGCUACUCUUUGUCCGCCCCCGACAUUGCCCUCUGGGGUGCCCUCCGUGGAAACCGCGUAGCAAUAACAGCAGUGAAGAAAGGAACACUCAAGAACUUGUCCCGUUGGUUUCGUUUCUUGGAGGAGCUUUGCCCCUGGACUACUGCUGCUGUCAACGAUGUGAAUGCUGCAGCAAAAGCGAAGACUGCAGCAUUGUCUAAAGCAGGUGCCAGUUAUGAUAUUGCUCUCCUCAACACUGAUCAGGGUAUCUUGACUCGCUUCCCACCAGAGCCAUCUGGUUACCUUCAUAUCGGCCACGCAAAGGCUGCAUUAUUGAAUGAUUACUUCGCCCAUGAGAAGUACAAGGGCACUCUUCUGUUGCGGUUUGACGACACCAACCCCAGCAACGAGAAAGAGGAGUAUCAUGACGCGAUUAUUCAUGAUCUGGAGCUGAUGGGAAUCAAACCGGACAAAGUCUCAUAUUCUUCGGACUAUUUUCAAUUGCUGCACGAUUAUUGUAUCAAGUUCAUCAAGGCAGGACAUGCAUACGCGGAUGAUACGGACAAAGAAACCAUGGCCCAUGAGCGCAUGAACGGGAUUCCGAGCAAGCGCCGUGAUGCCUCUGUAGAGGACAAUUUGGCUCAUUUUGAGGAGAUGAAAUCCGGCUCGGAAGAGGGUCAGAAAUGGUGCAUUCGCGCCAAGAUCUCCCCAGACGAUAAGAACAAAGCUAUGAGAGAUCCUGUCAUCUAUAGAUGUCAACAGGCUGCUCACCCUCGGACCGGCUCUACUUGGAAAGUUUACCCGACUUAUGAUUUCACCUGUCCUAUCCUGGACUCAGUAGAAGGGGUAACUCAUGCGCUGAGGACAAUUGAGUACAGAGACAGAAACCCUCAGUACGAGUGGAUGCUGAAUGCCCUACAAUUGCGAAAAGUCCAGAUUUGGGAUUUUGCUCGCAUGAACUUUGUGCGAACACUGCUUUCCAAGAGAAAGCUCACCAAAUUGGUUAACAGCGGUGCGGUCCGAGGCUGGGACGAUCCCCGUUUCCCUACGAUCAGAGGUAUUCGCCGACGAGGCAUGACUAUUCCUGCACUUAGGGAAUUUAUCUUGAAACAGGGACCAAGUCGUAACAUCGUCAAUCUGGACUGGACUAUCUUUUGGUCUACAAACAAAAAGCACAUCGACCCCGUUGCCCCACGUCAUACUGCAAUCUUGAAAGAAGGAGUGGUCAAGGCUACCAUUUUGGGAGCUCCUGAGACAUUCGUUCAAGAGAAGCCUAAGCAUGACAAGAAUCCCGAUAUCGGCAAAAAAAAGGUAGCCUUCAGCAAGUCUAUUAUCCUCGAGCAAGAGGAUGCGAAGUCUUUCAAACAGGAUGAAGAGAUCACUCUCAUGAAGUGGGGCAAUGCCAUAGUUCGCAAGAUUGAGAAAUCUGGCGAUGUUGUAACCAACCUUGAGAUUGAGUUGCACCUGGAAGGCGAUGUUAAGAAAACCGAAAAGAAGGUGACAUGGUUGUCGACCGAAGGGCAACAGCUUGUGCCAGUCGAACUUGUGGGCUUCGACCAUCUCCUGACCAAAGACUCUCUUCAGGAGGAAGACAACUUUGAGGACUUCCUGAACCCUAAGACCGAGUGGACUGAACAGGCGUUUGCUGAUGGAAAUGUUGCUGACCUCAAGGAGGGCGAUAUCAUCCAAUUCGAGCGGAAGAGUUACUACCGACUUGACCGUCCUUUUGUUGCUGAUGGAAAGCCGGCAGUGUUCUUCGAGAUCCCAACCGGAAAGUCAUCAAAAUAG